CUUCAAAAAAAAAAAAAAAAAAAAAGCCAACAGCGUUCAUUACACUGGUUUUGCCACAUCUACAGAUCAAAUGUAUGUCUGCAGGUUUUUCUCGGUUUAGCAGUCUAAACUGGUACCUGCUUGUUAUGUCUUCCAAGGUGCUCGUAAACACUCAACCAUCCUCAUCGCUAGCAAGGUCUUGCUACUUCAAUAUGAAACAACUCGUUCUGUACCAUAAUUGCUGCCCAUUAAUGAAUUGCAAAGCAAGAAACCUUUUCUUUCCUUGGCUUUUAUGUUUCUUUCUCCUAGUGAUCAGCCCUUCUUGUUCCGACACGGACACAUUAGCACAAGGCCAAGAGCUCAAAGAUGGGGAUCAUUUGUUUUCAGCUUCCGGUAUUUUCAGGCUAGGAUUCUUCAAGCCUGGCCAUGCUAAUACUUCUUACUUGGGAAUAUGGCACAACACAAACAACGAGAAGGCUGUCUGGGUUGCCAACCGAGACACACCAAUCUUCGGCAACUCAGGAACUCUUCGAGUUGACGAUCAUGGUAACUUGAAACUCUCGUACAGCGAAGGAGAUUCCAUUGUCCUAUAUUCAGUUCAAGCAGCAAGUAACACUAGUGCCAUACUGCUAGAUACCGGGAAUUUUGUGCUACGUGAAUUGAACCCAGAUGGAUCCAUAAAGCAGGAACUGUGGCAAAGCUUUAAUUCUCCUAGCGACACACUUCUGCCAAACAUGAAGCUGGGAAUCGACAAAAAAUCUGGGCUGAGUUGGUCUCUAACAUCAUGGAUAAGCGAUGAGGUGCCUGCGUUGGGGUCCUUUACCCUUGGCAUGGACCCCAACGGUAGGAAUCAAAUGGCAAUCUGGUGGAGAGGGAACAUUUACUGGAAUAGCGGACCUUGGGAAAACAGCCUUGUCAAGAUAUUCGGCAAGUUCGACGACUACAGAUUUAGCUACAUUUCCAACGAGAAUGAAACGUAUUUCACUUAUGCUGUUAGCAAAGACAUUACCAUUUUCCCGAGGCUGACUUUAAAUGAAAAAGGUGAGAUUUUGGUUUUCCUGCCGGAUUCCAUGAUUCCACAAGUGUCGUGCAGUACUUCUGCCCCUUCCUUGAGAGCUGGUUGUGUUGAACAAAAGCUUCCCAAGUGCAGAAGCCCUCAGGACAAGUUUGUGUACAAAAUGGGUUUGAUGUCUACAGAAGGAUUUGCAUUCGGCAAAAGUGACAACCUGAGUCUUUCUGAUUGCCGGGCACUGUGCUUGAAGAAUUGCUCUUGUGUCGCCUAUACUUCUACAAACGAUGAUGGUACUGGCUGUGAGAUAUGGAGCAAAGAUUCAAGUUUUACAGAGCAAUACAGGAAGGAACUAAGAAGCAUUUUCAUCAUUGACACCAAAAUAAGAAUCUGGUGGAUAUGGAUGAUAAUUGUGUGUGGAGGAGCUAGCACUUUUCCCCUGUUGUUCUCUGUGUGCUAUGUAAUCUGGAGGAAGAAGAAAGAAGAAGCAAACCGCUCAGAAAAGAUGAAGCAAGCAAUGCUGUUACGUGAACUUGGAGGUAAUGCAAUGUCUUACACUUUAACUGGCAAAUUAAAGAAACGCUGGAGAGAUCAGAAGGCGGGUCCGGAGUUGCAGAUAUUCAGCUAUGAGAGCAUUUCUGAUGCUACAGACAAUUUCUCCACCGCAAACAAGUUAGGAGAGGGCGGCUUCGGACCAGUUUAUAAGGGAAAACUGCUUGAUGGGCAAGAAAUAGCAAUUAAGAGACUUUCAAGAAGUUCGGGACAAGGGCUGGUGGAAUUCAAGAACGAGGCUAUACUCAUUGCCAAACUCCAGCACACUAAUCUUGUGAGGAUUUUAGGGUUCUGCAUUCAAGGAGGAGAAAAAAUAUUAAUUUACGAGUACAUGCCUAACAAAAGCUUAGAUUUCUUCCUUUUUGAUUCCUCGAGAAAGAAUUUACUAAACUGGAAGAAACGCCUUGGCAUCAUUGAAGGGAUUGGUCAAGGACUUGUUUAUCUCCAUAAAUAUUCCAGAUUGAGAGUAAUUCACCGAGAUCUAAAAGCAAGCAACAUUUUACUCGAUAAAGAGAUGAAUCCAAAAAUAUCUGAUUUUGGUAUGGCUAGAAUAUUUGGAUUGAAUGGGUCUGAAGAAAAGACAAAUCGAGUUGUUGGAACUCUUGGUUAUAUGUCUCCAGAAUAUGCCAUGAAAGGCAUAGUGUCAUUCAAAACUGAUGUGUUUAGCUUCGGAGUCAUCCUACUAGAGAUUGUGAGUGGGAAGAAGAAUAUCAGCCGAAGUGUUUCUGAGCAUUCACUCCUUAUAGAAUAUGCAUGGCAGCUGUGGAAUGAAGGCAGAGCUUUGGAGAUAGUGGACUCGACAAUGGACGAACCAUGCCAUCCUGAUGAAGCACUAAGAUGCAUUCAUGCUGGUCUAUUGUGUGUACAAGAACAUGCAGCCGAUAGGCCAACCAUGUCAGAGGUUGUUUCUAUGCUUUCAAAAGAAAAUGUCCGACUACCUGCGCCUAAGCAACCGGCGUUUAUUGAUGCCGGUGAGGAAGUGCCAGAGUGUACCGACGACAAGCUAAAUAAUUGUUCCAUAAAUGAUGUAACGAUUUCUGAGAUAGAUGUCAGAUAAAUACACCAAUAUUGGUGUAUGUUGUUGUAUAGUUGGGUGGUUGAUUUUUUUGAAUUACUCGUACUCGGUUUGAAAAUGUUGUCAGUACUUUUUUUCCUUUUGGUGUUUACACAGUACAAUGAGAGAUUCAAAUAUGAGCUUUUUGUCCAUAACUAUUUCAUCCCAA